AUGGCCGAGAUGUUCAAAAACGCCGAGAUGCUCAAAAAGGACAUCCGCGAUGUCUUGGAUAGGUAUAAGCAGCUACUCGAUGAUUUCAGAGUGGUCAUCAGCAGCAAGUUUGUUGAUGACGUGACACGCCUCAGAGACAUAUUAAAGUUGCUCACGGAGUCGAUGGACAAGCUGGAUAUCGAUUUUGUCACUCGGCCGGCGGCUCCACUCGGACCUGAUGAUUUGGAUUUUGUGAUGCCUCCCGCUAAUAGCGAUUAA